AUGGCGAGGGUGUAUUUAUGUGUCGCGGCGCUGGCGGCUGGCUCGCGGCCAGCGCUUAUCGACCCCGCUGCCCUGCCGAAUCCCCGCGCGUCGCACUUGAGACAUAUAAUGUGCUUACAUUUAAACGUGUCGCUAAAUGUGAUCCAACUUCGUUACCAACGCGAAAAUUGCCAGAAGAUAGGCAAGAAGACGUUAUGCGAGAGCGGGGCGGCGGCAUGGGCGCUCGGCGCGGGUGGGCGGUGGUUCGCCGGUGAACGACUGGUCGCGAUACCAGACAGCCGCAUUGUCUCCGCAGUCGUUCAACUUAGUUUCCCACGAGACUGCGAAAUGUCCAAUGCCAAAACCCAAAUACAAAUAGCCUAG